GAGGGUGUCCAGCAGCAGCCCAUCUCUUGUAGAGGAGCUGGGAGGAGCUGGGUGACGUGCAGCCUCAAUUCAACCCUGCAGCAGCAAGAAAAGAAAGAAGGAGAAAAGGAAAACAAUCCGUGCACAGCUCCCGUGCAGAGCGAUGCCGAGCCCAAUGUGUGCCGGGUGUCUCUGCAGGUGAUCUCUCCAGCCGGGUGGAGCGGGAUCUCCCGGGGAUCCAGUGCACUGAUUCUCAGGGAGCCAGCACCGGGCACCGGGCACCCAGCCGGGCACCAUCAUGUCUAGGUUCAAGAAGGACAAGGAGAUCAUCGCUGACUAUGAGAACCAGGUGAAAGAGAUUCGAAGCCAGCUGGUUGAACAGUUUAAGUGCCUGGAGCAACAAUCUGAGUCCCGACUGGCCCUUCUCCAGGACCUGCAAGAGUUUUUCCGUAGGAAGGCAGAGAUAGAACUGGAAUAUUCCCGCAGCUUGGAGAAACUGGCUGAGAGGUUCUCCUCCAAGGUCCGCAGUGCCCGGGAGCAGCAUCACUUCAAGAAGGAUCAGCAUCUUCUCUCUCCGGUGAACUGCUGGUAUCUGGUCCUAUCCCAGACCCGGCGUGAAAGUAAAGACCACGCCACGCUGAAUGACAUCUUCCUAAACAAUGUCAUUGUCAGGCUGUCACACAUCAGCGAGGAUGUCAUCAGACUCUUCAAAAAGAGUAAAGAUAUUGGUCUGCAAAUGCAUGAGGAGCUGGCAAAGGUCACAAAUGAGCUGUAUACGGUGAUGAAGACGUAUCACAUGUACCAUGCAGAAAGUAUUAAUGCUGAGAGCAAACUGAAGGACGCUGAGAAACAGGAGGAAAAACAGUUCAGCAAAUCUGCAGAGCUCGGGCCCAAUGCCCUGCGCCACGAAGACAGACAGCAGAGACGCAGCUCUGCCAAAAAGAUUGAAAAGAUGAAGGAGAAGAGACAAGCAAAAUACUCUGAGAACAAACUGAAAUGCACCAAGGCCAGAAAUGAAUACUUGCUUAAUCUGGCAGCCACUAAUGGAUGUAUCAGCAAGUACUACAUCCACGACGUGUCUGACCUUAUCGAUUGCUGUGACCUGGGAUUUCAUGCUAGUCUUGCCCGCACUUUCCGCACAUACCUGUCUGCUGAGUAUAACCUGGAGACCUCCCGCCAUGAAGGUCUGGACAUCAUUGAGAAUGCAGUGGAUAAUCUGGACGCUCGCAGUGACAAGCAUAAAGUCAUGGACUUGUGCAACCAAGUUUUCUGUCCUCCCCUCAAAUUUGACUUCCAGCCUCACAUGGGAGAUGAAGUGUGCCAGGUGAGUGCUCAGCAACCUGUACAGGUAGAGCUCCUUGUGCGUUACCAUCAGCUACAAUCCCGCCUGAUGACGCUGAAGAUUGAAAAUGAGGAGGUGAGAAAGACCCUGGAUGCCACCAUGCAAACUUUGCAGGACAUGUUGACAGUUGAGGAUUUCGAUGUAUCUGAUGCCUUCCAGCAUAGCCGCUCCACUGAGUCCAUCAAAUCUGCUGCCUCUGAGACUUAUAUGAGCAAACUGAACAUCUCCAAAAGAAGAGCCAACCAGCAGGAGACUGAGAGCUUCUAUUUCUCAAAAUUUAAGGAGUAUUUAAAUGGAAGCAAUCUCAUCACCAAGCUGCAAGCCAAGCAUGAUCUCCUGAAACAAGCCCUGGGAGAAGGAGAGAGAGCUAACUAUGGAACCACAAGGCCCCCAAGUCUGCCCCCCAAACCUCAGAAAAUGAGAAAGCCCCGACCUCGCUCCCUUUAUAGCCACAUGCUCUUUAAUGGAAAUAUGGAGCAGUUCAUCCAGGAUACAGGACAAGCCAUCCCAUUGGUGGUUGAGAGCUGCAUCCGAUAUAUCAAUUUAUAUGGUCUUCAGCAACAAGGAAUAUUCCGAGUUCCUGGAUCACAGGUUGAAGUGAAUGAUAUCAAGAAUUCAUUUGAAAGAGGAGAGGACCCCUUGGUGGAGGAUCACAGUGAGCGGGACAUUAACUCUGUGGCUGGAGUACUGAAAUUGUAUUUCCGGGGUCUGGAGAAUCCGCUCUUCCCUAAAGAAAGGUUUCAAGACUUGAUGUCUACGAUCAAGCUUGAGAACAUGUCAGAGCGGGUCCAUCACAUCCGUCAGAUCCUCAUCACAUUGCCCCGAGCGGUGCUUGUGGUCAUGAGAUAUCUCUUUGCCUUCCUCAACCAUCUAUCUCAGUACAGUGAUGAGAACAUGAUGGAUCCUUACAACCUGGCUAUCUGCUUUGGCCCUACGUUAAUGCCAAUCCCUGAUGGACAAGACCCAGUGGCCUGCCAGGCGCAUGUCAAUGAGGUCAUAAAGACGAUUAUCGUCAACCAUGAAAUGAUCUUUCCCACUCAACGUGAAUUGGAGGGUCCAGUGUAUGAGAAGUGCAUGACUGGGGGUGAGGAGUAUUGUGAUAGCCCUCACAGUGAGCCAGGUGCUAUAGAUGAGACUGACCAUGAUAACGGCACGGAACCCCACACCAGUGAUGAAGAGGUUGAGCAGAUUGAAGCCAUUGCUAAAUUUGACUACACGGGCCGAACACCUCGCGAGUUAUCCUUUAAGAAAGGGGCAUCCCUGCUCCUGUACCACCGAGCAUCGGAGGACUGGUGGGAGGGUCGUCACAAUGGAGUGGAUGGCUUGAUACCGCACCAGUAUAUUGUGGUCCAAGAUCUGGACGACGCAUUCUCUGACAACCUGAGCCAAAAAGCAGAUAGUGAGGCAAGCAGUGGACCUCUUCUGGAUGACAAGUCCUCUUCUAAAAAUGAUAUUCAGUCACCGACGGAGCACCUGCAGGAAUACACCUUUGCUGGAAUUUUGGGCAGAGUCAGGCUAAGGUCUGAUGGAGCUGCAAUACCACGCAGGAGGAGUGGAGGAGACAACCACAGCCCCCCGCGGGCUCUAGGUCCCUGUAUUGAUACUCCUCCCCGAGCCGCUGCCUGCCCCAGUAGCCCACAUAAAUUGUCUCUAAGCCGAGGACGGGUAGACAGUCCAGAAAAACGCAGAAUGGCAACAUUUGGAAGCGCUGGGAGCAUUAACUACCCUGACAGAAAAGUACUAAAUGAUGGAAUACCUCUGAGGUCUGUGACUGGAGGGACAAGACACAGCAGUCUCGGAGACCACAAGUCCUUGGAGGCAGAAGCUCUAGCUGAGGAUAUUGAGAAGACAAUGAGCACGGCCCUGAAUGAGUUAAGGGAGCUGGAACGACAGAAUACAGUCAAACAAGCUCCUGACGUUGUGCUGGAUACUCUGGAACCAAUGAAAAACCCAGCACUUACCACUCCAAACUCUGAGCCAGUCAGCCCUCUGCACACUAUAAUGAUACGGGACCCUGACGCAGCUAUGCGGAGAAGUAAUUCCUCAAACACAGAAAUGAUGACUACCUUCAAGCCGGCAUUGUCGGCCCGCUUGGCUGGUGCCCAAUUGAGACCACCACCUGUAAGACCAGCCCGACCAAUGGUCCAACAUCGAUCUAGCAGCAGUAGUAGUUCUGGGAUGGGUAGCCCAGCUCUCACCCCUACAGAGAAAGUAUUCCCUAACAAUUCAUCAGAGAAGUCUGGGACUAUGUAAAUUUCUCAAUCGUUCAUGGUGAUGGGCCCUACUGGCAAAGGCUGGAGAGUAUAUGUUAGGAAAAGUGGGCUCUAACGUUUACACUAUAAGACAUACAUAUCCCUACUACUUUUCCAUUGCUCUUCCCACGUGGAAGCUGGCCAAAACCAAACAUCUCUCCAGCCAUCUCUACAUAACAUACACAGGGAAUAUGUUUCUUCAUGUCCAGCCCUUUACCACAUCCCAAACCAACCUUCAGAUUGCCUUAAAAGCAGAGUCAGCGCCAUUUGGUAAAUCCACUAUCCGUAUUUAGCAUUUACAUUGUUUAGUUUUACCUCAAUAUUCUGUAAAUAUUGCAGAAAUAUAUAUCUAUAAUAUAUAUAUAUAUAUAUAUAUAUAUAUAUAUAUAUA